AUGGGUAAUCGUAAAAGAGUGUUUGAUUUACUUCGAACAAUCAACGUUGCGUCAUGUCAAUGUCCAGCUCAUGGAAAUCGCGGCAAUAUUCAAGUGUCGAAUGCUACUCCACAAAAAGACUAUGCUUUUGAAAUAAAAUGCUCGACUGUAAGAUAUGGAUUGGGAGUGACUCGGGAGGUAGGCCAGGACCUGGUGAACAUGAAUGCAAAAAACGUCUGUGUAAUGACAGACCCUAAUGUUGUCAAAUUGGAUCCUGUGAAGGCUACUCUUGACUCACUUACAAGAAACGGAGUCAAUUAUAAAGUGUAUGACAAGGUCCGAGUAGAGCCUACAGACACGAGUUUCAAAGAUGCAAUAGCAUUUGCUAAGGGGAACAGCUUCGAUAGUUUUGUGGCGGUUGGAGGUGGUUCUGUGAUGGACACAUGUAAAGCAGCCAAUCUAUAUUCUUCCGAUCCUGAUGCUGAUUUCCUGGACUAUGUAAAUGCUCCAGUGGGCAAAGGGAAACCUAUCAAUGUUCAUUUGAAGCCUAUGAUUGCUAUUCCAACAACGAGUGGUACAGGCAGUGAGACUACUGGCGUCAGUAUCUUCGACUACGAGUCUAUACACGCCAAGACUGGUAUAUCACACGGCGCUCUGCGACCUGUGCUUGCCAUGAUCGAUCCGCUCCACACCCUUACCAUGCCGGAGAAGGUAUCCAACUACUCAGGCUUCGACAUAUUCUGCCACGCGCUGGAGAGUUUCACAGCAAUUCCGUACAAUGAGAGGACGCCAGCGCCACCCAACCCGGCGCUAAGACCAACGUACCAGGGCAGCAACCCAAUAUCCGAUGUAUGGGCGAGAUUUUGCUUACAGACCCUUCAAAAAUACUUUACCCGCUCGGUGUACAACGCUGAUGACUUGGAGGCACGGUCGUGCAUGCAUCUUGCGGCUACGAUGGCUGGCGUGGGCAUCGGCAACGCUGGGGUACACUUGUGCCAUGGACUCGCGUAUCCCAUUGCAGGGAACGUUAAAUCUUUCAUACCCAACGAUUAUGGUGCAGAUCCAAUAAUCCCGCACGGUCUAUCAGUGGUGAUGACAGCACCUGCAGUGUUCCGCUUCACGGGUCCCAGCGACCCGGCCAAGCAUUUAGAAGCUGCAAGUAUCCUUGGAGCUGAUGUCUCGAACGCGAAGGAGGCUGACGCCGGCAAGGUCCUGCCGACACGAUUCUUAAGUACAUGGACACUAUGAAGAUUGAGAACGGACUUAGCUCACUUGGGUAUACUAGAGAGGAUAUUCCUGAGUUAGUCAAAGGGGCGUUACCACAGAAACGUUUGUUGAGUAUGACGCCGCUACAGCAGACGGAAGAGGAUUUGUCCAAGUUAUUGGAAGACUCGCUCACUAUUUACUGA